AUGAUUGUGCUGCGUGUCAGGGUGCUGGUGUAUGCCGGUGCCAGAUGGUUGUGCUGCGUGUCAAUGUACAGGUGUAUGCCGGUGCCAGAUGAUUGUGCUGUGUGUCAGGGUGCAGGUGUAGGCCGGUGCCAGAUGAUUGUGCUGUGUGUCAGGGUGCUGGUGUAUGCCGUUGGCAGAUGGUUGUGCUGUGUGUCAGGGUGCAGGUGUAUGCCGGUGCCAGAUGAUUGUGCUGUGUGUCAGGGUGCUGGUGUAUGCCGUUGGCAGAUGAUUGUGCUGUGUGUCAGGGUGCUGGUGUAUGCCGGUGCCAGAUGCUGGUGUAUGCCGUCAUGUGCCAGAUGGAAUGCCGGUGCCAGGUGGUUGUGCUGCGUGUCAAUGUACAGGUGUAUGCCGGUGCCAGAUGGUUGUGCUGCGUGUCAGGGUGCUGGUGUAUGCCGUGUGCCAGAUGGUUGUGCUGCGAUGGUGUGCUGCGUGUACAGGUGUAUGCCGGUGCCAGAUGAUUGUGCUGUGUGUCAGGGUGCAGGUGUAUGCCAGUGCCAGAUGGUUGUGCUGUGUGUCAGGGUGCUGGUGUGUAUGCCGGUGGUGCUGUGUGUCAAUGUACAGGUGUAUGCCGGUGCCAGAUGGUUGUGCUGUGUGUCAGGGUGCUGGUGUAUGCCGGUGCCAGAUGGUUGUGUGUCAGGGUGCUGGUGUAUGCCGGUGCCAGAUGGUUGUGCUGCGUGUCAAUGUACAGGUGUAUGCCAGUGCCAGAUGAUUGUGCUGUGUGUCAGGGUGCUGGUGUAUGCCGGUGCCAGAUGGUUGUGCUGCGUGUCAAUGUACAGGUGUAUGCCGGUGCCAGAUGGUUGUGCUGUGUGUCAGGGUGCUGGUGUAUGCCGGUGCCAGAUGGUUGUGCUGUGUGUCAGGGUGCAGGUGUAUGCCGGUGCCAGAUGA